AUGGUUGCGUCGGGAUGUAACUCGUCAGCUAACAUGCCCAGUGACCCUUCAAAGACCGUCCUGCCCUUGCUUCUGGUUUCUGUCGUUUUACAGGAGAAGACGGGCUUCAAGACUGUUCAUGUCGCCAUCGAUCAGCCAAUAGUCGAGAAACACCCAAACAUUGCAUUUUCGUUUCAGGGCAACGUCAGGGGACUGCGGAAGGAAACACGCAUGUAG